AUUCGAAUGCUAGUAUGAAUCUUCAUAGUACAGCGCCAAUGUACGCAUUUGGCAACGUAGCUGCAACAACAGCUGACGAUGUUACACGCAACUCGGCUGCUGAUUCAAGUGACAUAGUUGGCUCUGGUGCGGGAGUGAGUGGAUUCGGUUCAUUCAUGGGAACUGUAGUAGAUGCAGUACAUGAUGGAGGAGACAGACAGAUAGGUAACGAAUUUGGGAUAACUACACAGGAUAGCCUAGAAAAUGUCAACGGGAGACACACUAAAAAACACAGACAUAAACACAAAGAGCGUGGUCGAACAAACGAGAAAAAAAAUAAACCUAAGGCGGAGAAAGAGCGCAGCAGUACGAGUAAGAGUGCUCGCGAAAGAAACAGUAGUGGAGGGAAGCGGCGUAAACAUAAAUAUAGUGAAAGUGACAGCAACAGCGACGCUCAGGAAGGUCACACGGCAGAAAGAUCGCGCAAACGGACGCGACAAGAUCAGGGUAAGGAGAGAUAUACCAGAGAUUGGCAUGAGGAAAGAGGGAACAUACGUAGGUCACAACUACGCGAUGAAGAAUAUAAAACGGAUAAGAGAAGAGACUCUGUGGAUCGCAGUCGUGAGGGUAGAAGUAAAGACCGGCAACGCGGGGUAAAUUCACACAGUGACUGUAAGCCCAGUAGGUCUAGUGAUGGAAAUGAUGGAAAUGCCACGCAUAAGAAAGUACGUACUAGGGACUGUAAGUCGAGCGAGAGGAGGGGGACCAGUGGGAGAUACGAAAGUACGUAUAGUCGCGGUUAUAGGCGAAGUACGAGUAGGACUUAUUCACCGCAAGCGUUCAAAACAGGGUCAAGCUCCGACUCAUCCCACAAAUCGCAUAAACGAAAGUCGACACAUAUCCCAAGGACUGAUGAAGGGGACAAAGAUAAACACAAGCUUAAAAGUGGGAUGCAUAUUGACGAUUUAAAUCGGAGAGAAAACUUGGUUGAAGGUAGGCUAGGUUCGACAGGGAAUGGUGGCUAUUUCGCAGGGUUCAAGACGGACAAAAGGCAUGAUAAAGAUAAUCUGACAUACGGUACACCCUAUCUGAAGGAUGUCCCGAAGUUCCACAGACAGCGGGAGGCUACGGUUAUCGGCACAGAUAGUCUUGGUACCAGUGGCUUCUUCUUAGCUAGAGAGCGCGAGAGAAAGAAAACUGCUAGGUAUUUCGAUGAUAGGGUUGGGAGCUCGGCAGUUCCUACAGAUAUACCUCUUGCACCUCCACGAAUAUCAGUAGAGGACAACAAAGAGUUGAGAAAAUCACCACACGAAGCUGCCGAGUUCCUGCCACUAAGCAGCACUACGUCAGCUACAGGCAGCAACACACGCGACGCUCGUCGCCUUCUAUACGGCCGAUUGCUCCGCGAGAAUCCCAGUAAUACCUCAACCUGGCUGUCGUUGGUAGCCUUGCAAGCCGAGGCUCUACAAGGGAAACACACAAAGGUACUGAGGAAAAUCGUGCGAGAAAAGCAGUUAGCUAUACUGGAGAAGGCUGUGUACGCAAAUCAAUCCAAUGAGGUGCUCCGUUUGCACUACUUGAGGCUUUCCAGCGAAUUGGCCGAGACAUCUGAACUAGCAAAGUUAUGGCGCGAAGCUAUGGCUAUGUUCUCCGCAUCGCCAGCUCUUUGGAAUGGCUAUUUACUAAUGCGAACCACACAUUUCGCUUCGUAUAAAUUCCGGCAGAUCACUUCUACCUUCGAUCGCUGCCUACGUACACUGACAAGCUAUAACGAAAGGAAUUCAGCAUUACACUCUCAGGGCGCUGUACAAGCACGUACACUGCGCGCAAGCACGUCCUCGGGGGAGCUGCUUUCCGACCCGGAUUUGGUUAGACUCAUGAGUCAAUACUUUCGAGUCAUAUGGGAUGCGGGCCAUACUGAAUUGGCUAUUGGAUGGUUACAAGCAGUUGUUGAGUACAACACAUUUGGCCAACCGUCUGACGCGCAUUCGGGUGUACAUGUGCGUUCAAGAGAGUUUUUUGAGCCGUUCUGGGAUUCGGAAGUGCCGAGAUUUGGCGAGAGGCAUACGAAGGGAUGGCGAGCACAUGCUGUUGGGGAUACACGCCCUUACCCUAUACGAGAGGGCGUUGAGGCAAGCGGCAAGGCAAAUGAAUACACAUCUGGUGAGUUGAGUAGUAGGGAUUUGGAAGGCAGUAUAAGUACCCGCGGGACGGGAGACACUUUAGAUCAUUUGAAACGUGCGCGAGCCAGCGAAAGGGAACAAUGGCUAUGGAUGGAGCUAUAUAGAGGGAUAGGCGAGGCCUUGCCCUGGCAUCUGGGCUGCGGCGAGAGCGGGGCCAGUGUGUGUGAAGACUUUGGCAUCAGUCCGGUCCUUCUUUUAAGAAGCCCUGGCAACGGUGCGUGCGCAAGGAUGAACACCGAGGAGACCGAUAGUGUAGAGGAUGCAGAUCGGAUGGUGCUGGGCGAAGACGUCGUGGAGUCUUUGGUGGAUAUUCGAUGCAAGGCAGAUGUGCUUUCCAUGAUAAAGAAUGCGCUCCGUUCCAUGGGCACACCCAUGCCCGAUUCGGACGCCAGUUCGUGGACGCAAUACGACUGUGUGCGUCAGUGGUGCGAUGUAUCGUCACUGUUGUCCCCUCUGGCCGUAGAUGUGGCGGCGCUACACCGUGCCACCGAUGCUACCCAAGAUUAUCUGGAGACAGAGCAUGUGAACGAGUACAGUAAGACAGCACAGGAGUAUCAUACACCCACACACGGACACUCGCAUCCGGGCGAUACAGAUGUGUCUUCGGUAUCGAUGGGAGGAAAUGAAAUAGAGUUGGAUUCUCGCACCCCUGGCGAUCGGGUUGGGGUAGCGUCUGUUGGUGUGCCGGGUCGCGAGCCCUGGUAUGCUAGCGAGGACUAUUUCAAGACGUCACAAGCAGUUGCGCAUCCGACGCUAAUGCAUACAAUGCGCUUGGAUACAGAGGUGAACAGAAUUCGGCCAAGAUGCUGCGAUCGUGUUGGGUUAGAGAGAGCAAUCGGUGGCCAGGGACAGUUUUACACACCGUUGCCUGGGUAUAGGGACAUUUUGCGCUACCGCUCGACUUUGGGGACGUCAGAUCCUUGCAUAGAGCGACUCUACAAGUUUUGUGGACGUGUCAUUGAACAGGCGCUCAUGCUCUUUCCUGACGACGAAGAGCUGCUGCUGGGGAGUGUGGCUUGGGUUGUGCAUGGACCCGACGGAGCAUUAGCGAUUGAAGAUGGAAUUGAAAAGUGCAAGACUCUUUUAUCGUGUGCUCGAUACGGGGAAAAUUAUCGGCUAUGGUAUACGUACUGCCAAUUAGAGCUCCAACUGGGUAACCGCAAAGCGGCCCGAAAGGCGUACGCUCGUAUCCUUUCAAUGCGACGUCAAGCAGAUAUUCAACAGUCAGCGGAGAGCGUCAUAAACCCUGGGCAGCACUCGCAUCCCAUUGGUGCCACCCUUCCCUCCUGGGAUAUGUGGCUUAUACUGAAAGGCAUGACACAAUUGGGGCUUGUUCAGGGGGAGUUCUACAGCGUGCUCCACGCGUUGGUGGCUUUCGUAAAACAGCCCAACGCUAAUGAAAAGCCCAUUAAGAAAGGGGCGUUACCCAUGCUGUCUACCACAGAGUUGAUGGUAGCAAAGCGCACGUAUGCAAACAUAUAUAGUCAAUUGGUCUUCCUCAGCCCAGACAAGGCGCUCCGAUGGGCAAGCACAACGGCUCGUACGCCAGCCACGGAGACCGAGGACGCCGUACCACCAGUACACCACCCCGUAGGAGGUAGUGCAAUGGUGCAUUUCAUUGACUGUUAUGCACUCUUCGAGUACCUCAGUCCAAUGUACACGCCCGGCGACCACACACCGGUGCGCAGCCAACCAAUACCAGGUGUGUCUGGUGGAGAGGCGGCUAUGCGCAGACUGCCGUCGCUGGAUGCAGCGCAGAGUGUGUACACGGAGGCGCUACAAUGGAUGUUGGGAAAAGGUGUGUACAAUCAGGCGAUGGCCAAGAGCCAGACGCUGGGGGCUUUGAAGCGACCCAAGAACAUGCCUGUGGAUGUAAAUGGCACUGGUGCGGACGAGCAUGAAUGGACAUUUGUAGAGCCAUCCAGUGCUGUAGUAGAGACGUUACUGACAGGCUAUGUGGAGAUGAUGGUGCGACACGCGCAGGCGCACGCCAGCCCUCUGAAUAAAUCUAGGCAGGUACUGGAGACCGCUCUCCUUCUCUUCCCGGGAAAUACAUACUUUCUGUCUCAGUACAUCUUGGCUGAAGCUAGACAAGGCUUAAUGACCCGGCGACGGCAGUUCAUGGACAAUCUGUUGUGUCUGUAUUUCACGGUGGAUCUGCCUAUCACCACUUGGUUGUUUGCACUCCAGGCUGAAAUGGUGAUGCGCAAUCCGGUGCACAGUCGUGUGAUUUCGCUGUUAGAAAGAGCUGUCGCGAACGAAUACGCCAUUUCUGCACCUGUUAUAUGGCACGUAUACUUACGGAUAGCGCUGAAGAAACGCUUGGACACGCCAACAUAUUUCCUAUCGUUAAGCUCGGGUAUGGGAGUUGCCAAGGGAGAGAAGGAGGGUGUCGACCCAGAGAAGAGAAACAAGCACACAAUCACUGCGACCGAUGGGGAAAACGCCACUGCGGACGUAGACGCUUCACCGAAGCAAUCCCACGAGCGUCCAACAGGUGAAACACGCACGUCAGGAAUACGUGAGCACGAACAACUAGUUACAAGUAACCGAGCACAGGCCAGAAAUGGUUUACUUGACAAUCGUGCUUGCAGAAGUUGUUCUACCGAGAAUGCUGAGCAGAAGGCCAUUGCUGCGAACAAUAAGACCGUUGAGGAGGUGUUCUACAGAGCGUUAGAGGCCUGUCCGGGAACGAAGUCGCUAUAUAUACAUGCCGUAUCGAACUUCAGCGAUAAUGCGGAGGCUUGGCGUAUCGCUGUGGACUUGAUGCAGGAAAAGGAACUGAGAGUUCGCACGCCUCUGGAGGAACUGGAGCUAUUGUAG